AUGCUGUAUGGGCUGUGCCUCUGCCUGCUUGUGGCGGCGAGCAAGUGGCUUCUUGUCGGGAGGGUGAGGCCGGGGGAGACCUUCAAUACGCACAGCGUCCGGCACCUUCUGUGGUGGACGAUCCAGCGGCUGCAGAGCUUUUCGGGGCUGCUGUUCGUUGACGAGAUCAGGCGAGGUCGCCUGGUGGUGUGGUACUACCGCCUCCUUGGAGCUAAGCUGGGGAGGGAUGUGUUCCUGAACACUGUCAGGAUAUCCGACCCUGACCUGGUGACCGUGGGGGACGGUAGCACCAUCAACGAGCACGCCGAUCUCAGCGGGCACCAGAUUGUCGGAAACCGCGUGGUUUUCGGCUCCGGCGUUACCAUCGGGAGCGGGACUGUGCUGCUGCCGAGCGCCUACAUGGCCCCCGAGGCCCACGUGGGGAACGGCAGAGUCGUGGGAGCGCUGGCGACGGCGGCGCACCCUACGCGGCGGAACAGCACCCCUUUGGCGCCGCCAACGCCCUUCACGGGAGUGUUCCUCCAGGUACUGGCGGAUCUGGUGAGCCUGUACUUCGUUGCGGUAGCGGUGGGAUUGGCGGCGUUCGUCGGCUUCCGAUCGUUCUCCUUUAUGUUGGAGAUGGCCAACGUUUUCCCGGGAGAGCGCAUGUCCGCCCUCGGGUACGGGCCGCUGUCGGGCAGCACGAUGGCCUUCGCCUGCUACGCCGCGGUCUUCCUCCUCAACCGCCUCUACCUCCCGGUCCUGCUGGUGUUCGGAGGCGCCGACGUCGCGGUUGCGUACUCGUUCCUGACGGACACGGUUCUCCGGGAUGUAGGCCUACCCCGCGUGCUGGCCUUGGCCGCGGUGUCGGCGGUCGUGUUCCACGUUACCCACAUGGUCCUGUCCGUGAUACUCAAGUGGGUGCUGGUUCAGAGGUUUUCCCAGGUGGAAGGCGUUUGCUGCACCACCUCCUGGCUGGGCUUCCGCAAGCAGAUCACGGACAGGCUGAUCAUGUCGGCGAUGAUGCGCUCGGUGCUCAUGUUCAACGGUAACCUGGGUAACUCGUUGUGGCUGAUGGCGCUGGGGGGGCCCGUGGGUCGUUGCGUCAGCGUCAUGCUCAACAAGAACAUCUACACGGAGCCCGAGCUCUUGACCCUCGGAGAUGACAUGCACGUGGGCUUCGCGUCUAGCACGUACUGCAGCAUCUACACGGCCCCGAAUUCGUUCACCCUUCGGAAAACCUUCAUCGGCGACAGGGGCUUGAACGGCGCCGGUUCGGUCACCCUCCCGGGAGCCACCCUCCCCCACGGGGCCGCCCUAGGCCCCAACACUCGACUGGGCCCCUCCGACGAGGUCCGCGAGGGGGCCCUGCACCUGGGAUCCCCGGCCCCCGUGGUGGCGGGCCGGUACGCGUCCCCCCCACGAGAGCUGUCGCGACUGGAGCGCUGGCUGUACCUGCUGGCGCCGCUGCCGCUGGCGGCGGCGUCGACGGCGAUCACUCUGAGCGCGGCGUUCUGGCCGCUGCUGGCGCUUGCGAGGGCGGCGGAGGCGUUGGGGGGUCCCGGGGUGGCGUGCCUGUUGACCCCCCUCGCGUGGCUGGGGCUAGGGGUGUCGCUGGCGGUGACCGGGGCCGUGGGGAAGUGGACCAUCAUCGGCAAGCAGCACCCUUCCGAUACCAAGCUCUGGUCGGUGUACCACUACAGGACGCUGCUGGUCUUGUACCUUCAAAUCCACGCACACUUCCUGUUUGUGGACAUCCUGAGGCGAGGCAAGAUGUUCAACUGCUACGCUCGUCUGCUGGGGGCUAGCGUGGGUAGGGACGCCGACGUGGCUACCAUGUACUUCACGGAUCACGACCUGGUGUCCAUUGGUGACCGGGCCGUAGUCCAGGAGGACUGCAUCCCCCACCCCCAGUUCUACUUCGAGGGAACCAUGAGCUUCAAGCCCGUCACGGUUGGGGCCGGCGGUAACGCGGGCGCGCGCAGCAUCCUCCUGGGCGGCGGCACGGUGAAGCCUGGAGGGUCUCUAGACACCCUGGGUCUCGCGGCGAAGGCCAGCGGGAUGCGGGGGGGGGAAGGGCGCGCCGCCCCUGAACCCGAGAAGAGAAAGUCUCGGGCCGCGUAG